AUGGAAGCCUCACGAGCCCGAAAGGAGCUAGAAGCCCUUACAGCGGGAGACAAGCGGGACAUCUGUCAGAGGGAGCAGGCUCAUCCACCAGCAAACUUGAACGCGACGCUAAACUGGAUUCACCACGACAUGGGCCUGGACAUCGCCAAGGCAACAUUGUGUACAGUCUUGAAAGAUGCCGGAAUGCCUUCCGACUUCCAGUACUCGAGCGGCUGGCUCUUGCGUUUCAAGGCUCGCCACAAGAUUCCCAGCCACCGAAUCCACGGUGAGAGCGGCGAUGUUGAUCCGACCACGGUAUCAGAGGGACGUGAAAGACUUCACAGAGUUCUUCAACGGUACAGCCUCGACGACAUUUACAACUUCGAUGAGACUGCAUUGUUUUUCAAGCUGGGUCCCACGCGAACGUUAUCAGCCAACCGUGUUCCCGGCACUAAGCGCAGGAAGGUGAGAGUGACUGCGGGUCUCUUGUGCUAUGCUUCUGGUACGGACAACUGCAAGCCCAACGCCCAACGGCCCAGUGACUUUGGGAAGAAAUUUUCGCCGGCUCAGUACUUCCACUAUUAUGCAAAUAGGAAGGCGUGGAUGACCUCGGAUAUCUUUUCGGAAACGUUGAGACGCUUUGACAACAGGCUCAAGCAGGAGAACAGCAAGCGAUACCUUUGGUUGACAAUGCUGGGUGUCACAAGCUGCGCGGCGAACAGUUGA